CAACCUCUGUGAUCUGUGGUAUUUACUUUUGACGAUCCAGGUUAUGUUUCCGCGACACAUUUUGCAAAGUUAUGUAAAACUUGAAACAGUUUAUUUGAUGAAAUAGUGAUUGUUAUGACGGUGUUGGAGUAUUUUUCGGGGCUGGCCGAGAAUCCGUACUUUGGGGCCGGUUUCGGGUUGUUCGGCGUCGGAGCGGGGGCCGCAGUGCUACGCAAAGGCUACCAAACGGGCUUGAUACUGUUCCGAAGACACUACAUGAUCACUCUGGAAGUGCCCUGUCGGGAUAAGUCCUAUCAGUGGCUGCUGCACUGGAUCACCACGAAAGGGGCGCGCCAGACGCAGCAUUUGAGCGUUGAGACUAGUUUCGAGCAGAAGGACAGUGGGCAUGUGAAAACCAAAUAUGACUUCAUUCCCAGCCUGGGCACGCAUUUUUUCAAAUAUGGACGGACUUGGAUAAGAGUGGAGCGAACCCGCGAGCAGCACACACUGGAUCUUCACAUGGGGAUCCCAUGGGAAACUGUGCAAAUGACGGCGUUCGGCACCAAUAAGAACGUCUACUUCAGUAUUCUAGAGGAAGCUAGGCAUAUGGCGCUGAAGCAGCAUGAAGGCAAAACCAUAAUGUACGCGGCCAUGGGCAGCGAAUGGAGGCAGUUUGGCCAUCCUCGGAAGAAGCGCCCCAUCUCCUCAGUUGUCCUGGACACUGGAAUCAGCGAGAGAAUAUUGGGGGAUUGCCAGGAGUUCAUUAACAAUCCGGCCUGGUAUUCGGACAGAGGAAUACCGUACAGAAGAGGAUACCUGCUCUAUGGGCCGCCAGGCUGCGGCAAAUCCUCCUACAUUACGGCCCUGGCAGGCGAGCUGGGGUUCUCAAUCUGCGUUCUGAACCUCUCAGAACGGGGCCUAACAGAUGACCGCCUCAAUCACCUGCUGAGCGUCGCUCCUCAACAGAGCAUGAUUCUCCUGGAGGACAUUGACGCGGCCUUUAUCUCCAGAGAGGACACCGAUGCGCAAAAGGCCGCCUAUCAAGGCCUGAAUAGAGUCACUUUUAGUGGCCUGUUGAAUUGCCUGGAUGGCGUGGCCAGCACUGAAGCCCGAAUGAUGUUCAUGACCACCAAUUACAUUGAUAGACUGGACCCGGCGCUUAUCAGGCCUGGAAGGGUGGACCUUAAAGAGUACAUUGGCUGGUGCUCCAGGACUCAGUUGGAGCAGAUGUUUAUGCGUUUUUACCCCGGCGAGAAUGCGCUGGAAGAGUCGAGGCGCUUUGCGGAUAAUGUUCUAGGUGAAGGAAAGAACGUGAGCCCUGCCCAGAUUCAAGGCUUCUUCAUGUUCCACAAGCACUCGAGCUCGGACGAAGUGAUCAAGGACUACCAACUUAUCUGGAAGCUGUGAGCCAGCUACUUUAUUUUACGGUAAACGAAUGUUUAGCAAUCA